AAGGGUUAAAGCCCCAUAAUGUAAAGAGAAGCUAGCUUCAACCCUCUGGACAUAAAGAAAGACAGCCAUUUUGACGUUGCAGGUUAGGUUGCAGCCAUGUUAGUGCGAGGUAUUUUCUUCAGCCUUACCUAUGUGUUAAGUUCAAUGUUUCCCUCAAUAAGCCAGGUAGCAGGAGAAAGCGGAGGAUAUUAUUUCCUCGGCAAACUAAAGUCGCAUGCUGAAUAUGAACCAUGGAAUUGGCGUGCCAAUACCACUCUGCAAUUCUAUUUCAAAACUUGGAGCAAAUCUAAAAUGAUGAUGUUUUAUCAAGAGGAGAAAACACACGGCCAGCACAUGGAUUUAUUCUUGAUAAAGGGGAAACUUCGACUCCGCGUUAAGAUGGGACAAAACAUGGCUUCUAUCCAAAAGCGGUUUAUUGAGGAUAAAGUGGAUUUCGCCGACUCAGGGUGGCAUGAAGUUAAAAUUGAGUUGUCUGAGAGCGAAAUACGUUUUUUUGUUAAUUCAACUGACGGAAACGUAUACAGCGCAGAUCCAAUUCCAUACACAGAGUAUAAUCCGUCUACCACUAGCCACCAAAACAUCGAGUCUCUCCAAGUCGCUGGUCUUGUGAUUGGAGAGGGAUUUAAAUGGUCUGAAUUGUCCUAUCCAAGUAUUUUAAAGGAAGUCUACGGAAAGAAGCCCAUAAGCUUCCAAGGAUGUAUUGGCAAUAUCAGAUUCAACCGAAUUCCAAAUGGUCGCUUAGAGCAAGCGAAACUUCUAACUAGUCCAAGUGAGGCGGAGAACAACUGCACUGGAGCAUGCGCGGAAGGGCCUCAAAGAUGUGCCAAUGGAGGUCGAUGCGUCGAUUAUAUCAAAUACUCCGAGUGUGAUUGCACAGGGAUUGGGUACCAAGGAGGGAGCUGCGAAAAACGUUCCACAACUGUGUAUAUCAAGGAAAAAGGACACAUAUCGUACAGCUUGGGUAUCGACAGUCCCUUACGUUCAACAGAAAGGAACACAUUAGACUUUCUAUUUCUAACAAAUAAAGCAACCGACGGUGUUUUCUUUUACAUGGGAGGGAAUAAGGAUCACUUGCUUGUAGAGCUUGUCAAUGGGAGAGUGCGAGCUCAAGCAAACGUUGGAGGAGAUACUAUUGAAGUACAAAGUGAUAAAGGUUCCUUGAACGACAGCUGUUGGCAUUUCGUGGAGGUCAAACGAAGAAGGUCACGAUUGACACUAAUUGUUGACAAAGUCAGAACGAGUGGAAAUUCUUCGACUAAAAAGUUCAAAGAACUGAAUCUAAACAAUCACUCUAAUGUCAUAUACUUCGGUGGUGGACCAGCGAAGAAGAUACGAGAAAAAUCAAAAUCAAAAACACUCUCAUUCAACGGCUAUCUACAGAAGUUUCGAUUUGAAGGAAUGGAUGUUCUUGAAAAUGCAUUGUCAAACACGAAGGGUUUUUCUGGCACUGAGGUAAAUCGUAUAUCGUCGAGUAACACAAAUCUGAUAGACGCGCAAAUGAACUGUAAGCAGCCUGAUGAUGUUUCAGGCGACUGCUCCAGUGAUGACGACGACUCAGAAAUUUGUGCGACGGCAACACCGACACCCACCGGCGACUGCUCCAGUGAUGACGACGACUCAGAAAUUUGUGCGACGUCAACACCGACACCCACCGUAAGUCGGGCAGCAGGAGAAAGUGAAGGAUAUUAUUUCUUCGGCGAAGUAAUGUCGCAUGCCGAAUAUGAACCGUGGAAUUGGCUUGCCAAUGCCACUCUGCAAUUCUAUUUCAAAACUUGGAGCAAAUCUAAAAUGAUGAUGUUUUAUCAAGAGGAGAAAACACACGGCCAGCACAUGGAUUUAUUCCUGAUAAAGGGGAAACUUCGACUCCGCGUUAAGAUGGGACAAAACAUGGUUUCUAUCCAAAAGCGGUUUAUUGAGGAUAAAGUGGAUUUCGCCGACUCGGGGUGGCAUGAAGUUAAAAUUGAGUUGUUUGGAAGCGAAAUACGUUUUUUUGUUAAUUCAACUGACGGAAACGUAUACAGCGCAGAUCCAAUUCCAUACACAGAGUAUAUUCCGUCCUUCGUUAGCCGCCAAAACAUCGAGUCUCUCCAAGUCGCUGGUCUUGUGAUUGGAGAGGGAUUUAAAGGGUCUGAAAUGUCCUAUCCAAGUAUUUUCAAGGAAGUUUACGGGUCAUGUCAUAACAGAGGGAAUCCCUUAAGCUUCCAAGGAUGUAUUGGCAACAUCAGAUUCAACCGAAUUCCAAAUGGUCGCUUAGAGCAAGCGAGACUUCGAACUCCUCCAAGAGGGGCGGUGGACAACUGCACUGGAGCAUGCGCAGAACGGACUCAAAGAUGUUCCAAUGGAGGUCGAUGCGUUGAUCAUAUCAAAUACUCCGAGUGUGACUGCACAGGGAUUGGGUACGAAGGAGGGAGCUGCGAAAUACCAGUAAAGAAGUAUAUCAACUCAACGGUAUCUCCACAUGUGAACAGAACAGUUUCCAAUGGAACAGAUGUCACCGCACAGAAAAACAACACCAGAGACAACGACAAUAACGUCAGUAGCGGUGGAGAUGUAGGAGCAGGCAAUGGGAGCGACGACAUUGUAAAUGAUCCAGCAGUAAAGAAGCAUAUCAACUCAACGGAAUCUUCACAUGUGAACAGAACAGUUUCCAAUGGAACAGAUGUCACCGCGCAGAAAAACAACACCAGAGACGACAACAAUAACGUCAGUAGCGGUGGAGAUGUUGGUGCAGGCAAUGGGGAUGGCGACAAUGUAAAUGAUCCAGGUAAAAGCACCAAAGGUGUAGCAGUGAGCGAAAGCAAGAAGGCCCAUAAUGGAGUUUCACUUCUGGUCGAUUCGCUGCCGCUUUGCCUUUUUCUUUAUAUGACAGCUUUACUCAUCGGCAUUGAUGUAGCCUGAUAGUGACUUGGUCUACUCCUCUGAAAGCUGGAGUCUCGGAAGAAUCUUAAGCCUCAACAGUGUAGAUAAAAUUGCGCUUUAUGAAGGACUGGGUUCGAGAGUAGAUCAACAGGCUGUUAAAUGACAGAACAACCGUAUCAAUACUUCAUAUUAUCUAUCUUUUAGAGGUUUAGGUAAUGGGAAUCUUUCAGCGUUGUAACCGCUUCAGAAAUUCUUACCAGUUCCCGUUAUUCUCUGCAAGUAACAAACUAUGUAGGUACUAUAAGAUAUCAACACCAAAAAAUUUCAUAACUGAUUUUUGUCCAACGGCUUAUUAAGUACACAAUCUGCGUUAUGUUGUCAUUUUUCAUUCGUUCUCUGCAGAAAAGUUUGAUUGAAUUUAAGUAGUAAAUGACUCACGUUAUUAGUAGUAUUUCUUUCAUCUGUAUUUAAACUAACCAAUGGAUUUACGCAGGAAACGUGAAACUGUGGUGAUUAAGUAAUAAUAAGUAUGUAUUUACACGCCGCAUUUUUUAUGCAAUAAUAAUCACGUAAAAGAAGAAGAAUGUAACUAUAAAAUGUUUAAAAAUGUACUUCCUGUCUUAAAGAACGUUUUCAGUGAGUUUUUAGUGUAGCAAAAGAGUGGUGUAUUACCACAGCUCGUCAGAUCAAGAAAAAUAUAACAAUUUAAUGAGAACUUAAAGUGAAAAAAGCGGUAACUACCUGAAGCGCGGGAAAGCGUAAGUGACCAAGACGCGUUUAGUUGAAGUUUUACCUCUGAUUGGUCGAAAAGAUGGCGCAAGCUUUUAAAAUUUCUCUCGGCACUUGAUCGUAGUUUGUUUUAAAUACAUAUCAAUCGUUGACAAGAAGACCGAGACAACAUCAGUAGUACUGCUGCUGUAUGUAGCAUGUCACUCAAUAAUUUUGAGUGAAAUUUAACAUGUAGCGAAAGUCAGGAGCCCAUUACUUAGUGCGAGUGAAAUACAAAUUUACUUAAAUAAAAAUUGAAAACUUCCA